AUGUUGUUGUGUUUCUUUCUGCUGGUCCUUGACAAACUUAACUUGUUUGGAAAACAAGAGAGAACCUGGCAGGUCAAAGCAGACGCUGAGCCUGGACCUACUGCAAAGAAAAGGAAAUCGGAAUGGACAGCAGCACUGAAGAAACUCCCAGGUGACACGACAUUGGUGCAGGAUGUACUUUCCUACUUCGAGAUGUUCACAGAGCCAUCUAGUGGGACUGGAGGUACUGUGGCAGAGACAUCUACACACCCAGCUGAUAUUGUGAUGCAGGCCUUCAAGGAUCCUGAUAGUGCAAGGGCAGCCAUUGCUAAAUGCAAGGAUUUUCUGGAAGAAGGCAUGCGAGCUCACGGAAAGAAACUGGAAAUUGCAAGUCCGCCAGAUGUCACCAGUUUGCUCACUGCAAGUGAUGACGAGCACAUGGUGGCUAUGUGUCCGUUGCUUGCCAUUGAGCUGAAGGAUGCAGAGCGGGUUAGCUUUGAGAAUCUGCAGCUUUCCACACAGGGGGCAGAGAGGCAGCGGAAAGACAUCUUGAAGACAGCCAUGCGUUUUGAACGCUUGAUUGAAGAGCGCAAAGCUACUUCCACUGACAUGAGUGAAAGUGACAUAUUGGCUGAGCUGGUGUCCAAAUACAACAACUUUCGGGCGAACGCGGCCAUAAAGAAGUGGCAAGUUACACCAGCAGUUCAGCACCUCCACUUCCAGAAGUAUAACCUGUGGUGGAGCAUCAACGUGAAGAGGAUGAAGCGGACCAUGCGGGCCCGCCACAGGUGGUCUGAAGAGAAUUGGGCAAAGAAUGUGGAUCAUUGUGCUUUGGCAGUAUUCGCAGAGUCUGAAGUGAGGAAAAUGAGUGACAGCCGAAUCACAGAAGAUAUGAUCAAAUCAAUGAUGGAGUCUUUCCUUUCUGGGGACUACAAUCAGGACCUGGAUGCGAUUUUGAUCUCGAAACCUUCGCGCUUCAGUGUUGAGAUGCUCAGCAUGUUCCAAGACCACAUUGCCAAGCCAUUGAUGAAGGCUUCUGGAGCUGCUGGAUCGUCGGCAAUGGUUGAUGCAGAUGUGGAUGUGGCUGAGGUUCUCCACCUGAGAGAUCAGAUCGAGAUCGGUCUUGGCCUGGCGGACAGGUGGAUGGAGCGACGCUGUUUGAUGCUCUGCACUGACAAAGGCCAGAAGGACUCCCUGACCGGCUUCACAAGGAGGCUUUUGCAGGAUGCAACUACUGCCUUUCCAGACACGGACAUUUCCCACAUGCACCAUCUCGGCUUCUUGGACUCAACCAAGUUCGGACGACUUGGAAUGCCAGAGAUCAAUGAGAUGGCAAGUUGGUGCUUGAAGGUCUUGAAUCUGAACCCGGAUUUAAGCAUGAUCUUCAUUUGCUGCCCAGUCUUGGCUGGGGAUGGGGUGCUGAACGGUUUGAGAGGAGAAUUCCGCAGGAUUGAGGACAAGCUCAUGGCGCUAGGAAUGGAAAUGAAGAACUGCCAAGUGGUAUUUGAUACCAGGACGCUCUACCGUGCACCAAGGGGUGCUGAGCUCAAGUCCCAGGAUGACAAUGUUUGGUGCAAGUGUGAUUUCUGGAGCUUGACAGCAUGCAAGGCGUCCAACCCACUCCCCUUGAGUGAAUACGUGACGCCAGAGAGCGGCACCUUUUUUUCUCAUGAACAUGGACGUUCCCUCACCGACAAGGAGGAUGGUGCCCAGUGGUUCUCAUCCCCAUCAACCAUCAAGUCCAUCUUGGAAGCUUGUUUGUGCAAAGUUUCAUCGCUCAAGGGACAUAGCCUCACAGUGCAUCACUUUUCGCAGUACGACGGGAACCUGGAGAAGGUGGUCUGUGAUCUUAUGACAGAGCUGUCGUCAGAGUGUCACAUUGGAUGCUUCUCCGAAACCACCAAUCCUCUCCUGUUCGGCUAUGCAUCAACUCAAGUCAAAGACAAGCUUUUGGAGGAAUGGAAAGCAGGCCAAGGCCAAAUGGGACUGCUGACUCCGAAGUACCAGCCAGAAGCGGAUCUGAGUGGACAAACAGUGCCUCGCUUGCCAGCUCUGAAGAUCUGCAACAUGGAUGCCAGUGGCAAUCUGGAGAUCCCCCAAGACAUCAGGGACAAAUGGAUCAGCGAUCCUGUCAGAAAGCCCGACUGGCGGAAUCGCUUGAAGAACUUCGACGCUGUGUUUGCCCCAGGCAGUGGAACAUCAGGGGAAGCUCCAACAGUGGUUACUAAAGAUGAGGCUCUUGAUCUUGGAGGAGCGCCUUUGCAGGAUCCAGAGCCAGCACUUGUUGCAGAGAUGUCACCACCAUCCAUGAGUGACGAUGCCUUCGACCAGAAAUACAAGAACAUGGAGAUGAACACAGUACUCAUUACCAUGGGUUCAGGUCAGAACUUGACUUGCAAGCUUGUGGAUGACAAGGCCAAGGACUUCAUUUCCAAAGAGCGCAACCAGAACAAGGCAGUGGAAUUCCGUUUGUCCUCAGCAGAUGACUUUGUGCUUCUGGAGGAACAGAGCCCGCAGGGGCUUCGGGACAUCGGGCCCAUGACAGUUUACAAACUCCUCGUCUCAUUUGAAAAACGAGGAAUCUUGGAUUUGAAGCUGACCGGCCAUUCUGCAGAACGGCCUCCUGCAGUGCAGCGUGGGGAGCAACAUGAUUCCAUUGUGGUUAGCCACUCAACUCAUUCAGUCUUCCGACCAGCAGGGGUGCAAGCAGCGAAGCUGAAGGGAACCAACCUUGCAGGGUUCAUCGGCUUCAAGAAGUUGGCUUCCUCUCAGUACUUGUGCCUGGUUUGGAGAUCCUUGGUAUGA